UCAAAUCUCACCAAGGCGUCCACCUAGCUUUCAAGCAUUCUAUUUUCAACAAGAGAUCUCUGCGGACCUCAAAACACUUUAGAAACAGUGGGGUGCCCAGACCCGGGGCUUUUCGUGGAUUUUUGGAAGCUUCUCGUGUUUUCUCGACGCAUUUUUUCCGUGUUGAGGAUCUCUGGAAUGAGCCGUUUUCUGCACGCGUCGUGUCCAUGCCAGCAUGGGAACUGCCGUGUCUAAAAGAAAGACUUUGAGAAACGAUGCGAUAUCUUCCGUGGCAGCAAAAGUUAGAGCAGCCCGAGCAUUUGGAGAGUACCUGUCCCACACACACCCUGAAAACCGAAACGGAUCAGCUCACCUACUCACUGAUACCUUGGUGGGUCCCGACUCUGAGUCCCUCGAGGGCAGCUGUCCUCCAAACAACAACCUCCAUCCCCACCUCCACCUCAGGGGUUCUCCGACCACAUCCAAUCCCAGCCUGGUGAAUUCUCCGCUGGGUCUGCUCCAGCCACCGCCCCCCUCCAUCACCACCACCACCUCCGGCAUUUCCUCAGGCAAGCCCGUCCGGCUCUCCCUCGAGCGGAGUUUCUCGGCCGAGGAGGACCAGCAGAAGUGCGUGGAGUGCGCCCUGCAGCCUGCACGCGUCUACACCAUCACCGGGGAGCACGGCAUGCUGGGAAGCGGCCGGGGCAGCAAGGAGAGCCUGGAACUGGAUGUCCUAAAGGGGGUUCCCUCGUCUUCGCGGGACCCCCACCACCCGAGCACCCUGGUCCAGCCCUCGACCUCCCCCUCCUCCUCCUCCCCCACCCAGCACCACCUCCGCCACCACCAUGGAAGUGGGGGUGCCGGAAGCGGCAACCAUCACCACGGCAACCAUUACCAUGCCGGUAACCACCACCAUGCGGGGGGGAGCUCCGGCAGCGGGGGUGGAGGAGGGGGCGGGGCCAGCGGUGGGAGCAACCAUCACAGUCUGAGCGUGGGCGGCGGUCACCAUGGACACCACCACCACCUUUCCCAGCCCCCGCUGCAGAGCUCAGUGAGUGCCCACAACAUCCGGGGCUGGGGCGAAGGGGGCAAGGGCGAGGAGUGCGGCGGCCUGGCGUGCGACUCCUGUGGGGGGGCCCCGUCACGCAGCCAGGGCUCCCUGGAUCUGGAAAGUUCCACCCGCGAGGCAGGCAAGCAGCACAAGCGCCUAGAGCAGAUGUGGAGUGUGGACCGGAUGACUGGGCUGGAGAGAGAAGACAGCAACUGGUUUCCAAAGGAAAACAUGUUCAGUUUCCAGACCGCCACGACAACCAUGCAGGCGAUAUCGGUUUUCCGGGGAUUUGUGCAGAAAAAGAGAAGAGAGAGGGAUCAGGAAACGGCAGAUGUCAUCCAGAGAAACUUUCGGAAGCAUCUUAGGAUGGUGGGCAGCCGGAGAAUGAAGGCACAGACAUUUGCCGAGCGUAGAGCGAAGAGUUUCAACCGCUCCUGGAGUGACCCUACCCCUGUCAAGGCUGACUCUCCUCAUGACCCAAGAGACAGCGGGGAGCUGCAGGCCUCGUGCGGGACCUUGGACGAGGGGGGGUGCGACGACAUGGACUGGGAGGAGGAGCGGGAGAUGGAGAGGCUGGCCUGCGAGGGGGACGACUUCAUCCCUCCCAAGAUCAUGCUGAUCUCCUCCAAAGUCCCCAAGGCAGAGUACGUGCCCACCAUCAUCCGCAGGGAUGACCCGUCCAUCAUCCCCAUCCUCUACGACCAUGAGCACGCCACCUUUGAUGACAUCCUGGAGGAGAUCGAGAAGAAGCUCACUGCCUACAGGAGAGGCAGCAAGAUCUGGAGGAUGCUCAUCUUCUGUCAGGGAGGCCCGGGGCAUCUGUACCUGCUGAAGAAUAAAGUGGCCACUUUUGCCAAGGUGGAGAAAGAGGAGGACAUGAGCCAGUUCUGGAGAAGGCUGAGUCGGUUUAUGAGCAAAGUGAAUCCAGAGCCCAACCUCAUUCACAUCAUGGGAUGCUAUGUCCUCGGCAACCCCAAUGGAGAGAAGCUGUUCCAGAAACUGAAGAACCUGAUGAGGCCUUACUCCAUUGACUUUGCAUCUCCCCUGGAGCUGUCCGCACAGGGCAAAGAGAUGAUUGAGAAGUAUUUUGACUUCCGUCUCUACCGCCUCUGGAAGACCCGGCAGCACUCCAAACUCCUGGACUACGAGGACCUGUGAGGGACCUCCCUCCCCCACCUCCCCC